UGACAAACACUGAAGUCACCGUGUUGCACCGCGCAGAUCGCAAGUACAACAUAUGUUGCUUUCACAGAUCAACAGAGAUAUAAACUGCGUGCUAACUCACAGAGAAUCUAAGCCUAUUCACGAUGAAGGGUGCAGCUGUCUUCGCGUUGUUGACGCUUGUGUCCUCUAUCCAUGGAAACGCCUUUACGGACUUCUUCAAGAAUGUUGGUAACAAGCUCGGCUCGUUCUUCACCACUGUCGGCCAUUCCCUGCUACACCAGUUGGACACAACCGGAGUGGAUCUCCUCAACGCAGGCGUAUCAGCGGGCAAACAGUUAUUAUCACAGGGCCUUCAGGCUUUAGCUCUGAACACUGUAAACGCACUCCACGACAGAAAUAACACUAAGCGAGACUUAAGCUCAACGUUCCAACGUCUCGAGGCGGACCUCCACGGGGUUCUCGACAAGGCAGGAGAUGAUCUGAAACAAGUGAUUACAUGGGCUGAAGGCCAAGUCAGUAAUAUUCUUGUACAGGGUGCUAAAGGAAACAUUACUCCGGACGAGGCCCUAGCAAAACUGAAGAGUAUUGUUGGUGUGCACAGUUCGGUGACAGACUCCUUUAAGAAGCUGGUUCUGGAAGGACUGGAAAGGUUGACAAGCUCCAUGACGAAGGACGACCAGAACCUUUUGUCUGGACCCUUCAGGGCCCACCUGGAGUCUCUCGCUCGUAACAUUACUGAGCAUAUGAUGAACUUGAUGAAGUUCUUCGAGCAGAAGCGAAUCAAACAGUAAUGUAUGAUGUUGAUAUCUUAGCACACAAUAAAUCCAUGUUAUGAAGA